GAUAAACAACUUUUGGUACAGCACUAUUAUAUAUUAUAUCAUAUUUUGCAUGACGCGUAUAAGAACACAAGUUUUUACAAUUUUUUAAUAUGGCCUCCGAAAUAUAUAUGGGGUGGCCAUCCAUGUACAGGCAGCCAGCAGCAUCCCAUCCUCGUCAUCAUCAGCGCUCAGCAGAGCAACCAGCGCGCCCUCUCGACCCUCCCCAUGGCCAAGAUCCAGCCUUUGCCCGCAGCCUCGUCGCCGGCGCCUCCCUCCUCCACGGUUGAGGGACAGCAAGUGUACACGGUGUGGAUGAAGUCGCUGGUGUUCAACGGCAACGGCUGCACGGUGUACGGCGCGGACGGCGGCGUGGCGUUCCGCGUCGACAACUACGGCUGCAGGGGCGGCCGCGAGGCCUUCCUGAUGGACCGCGCCGGCAGGACGCUCGUCGGGAUCCGGAGACGGAGCUGCUUCGGGAUGCUCAGGAGAUGGGAGGCCUGCCGGUACUCCGAAUCCGGGUCCGACGGCGGCGAGGAGACGAGGACGCCGUGGUUCGCGGUGCGCAAGGCUCCGGGCGGCGGAGCUUCCGUGACGAUGCAUGGCAGCGGGAGGACGACGUACGCAAUCGUCGGCGGGUGCUCGCGCAAGCCGGACUACAGAAUCAUUGGCGGCACCGACGGUGCGGCCGUGGCGGCGGUCGCGCGGAAGCAGACGCCGGCCGGGGUGGUUCUUGGGGACGACGUCCUGACGCUGACGGUGGCGCCGGGGACGGACCAUCUCCUCGUCCUGGGGUUGGUCGUCGUCUGUGGCCUCAUGAACCGUUGCUUGUGAUGGCCGAUGGCCAUGACUUCAUCACAGCCAAGCCAUGUGAUUUUUCCCCCCUUGAUCAGCUAGACUGAUUCGAAGGAGGAUACAGUGUGAGAGCGUGCUUCAGAGUAGGUUAGUGGCUGGCCAUUUUUCCCACCAAUUUGAGGACACUUUCCACUUUUUGGUGGAUGUAUUUUUUUUUUAUCCGGAUUCUACGGAUGUACAACUGUAUGCUGGCCACAUAUACAUAGGCCUUGUUUAGAUACACCCAAAAACCCAAAACUUUACAAGAUUUCCCAUCA